GGGGGACCAUAGCAACGAAGCUGUGGAGAAAUGGAAAUUUAGGGCUGUUCUCGAAAUAGAGAAUAAACCAUUCGAGAAAGAACUCAAAAUUUGCUGCAAAUCAACAAUUUGAAUCAGAUUUAAUGAUUAUCUAAAUCAAUUUCGUACACACUCUUUCACUACUUUUUUUUUUAAUUGAUUCCGAUGGACGAGUCUUUCAGCAGUCUUCCCACCAGCUACUUGCUUGGCUCAGUACCGGCUGUUGUUAGUGAAGAAAAGACGCCCUCUAGCCAAGAUGUUCCUGGUGCAAAUUUGCAAAUAUUUCCUCCCAAUAAUAGUGCAAGCAGGGGCACAGGAUACCAAACUCUUGGUGGUACCAGUGAUGGAGAUGAACAACAGUUGACAAACAACUGGAAAGGAGUUUUUAGCAUCUCUUCUUACACGCAAUAUUUUAAUGUAGAUACCGAUGUUGUGCUGAACAGAUUGAUCAGUUCUUUGUAUCCUAUAAGUGGAGAUUUUUUCAGCAAGAUUGAUGCCAAUCCAGACCUCUAUGGACUUGUCUGGAUCUCCACUACAUUGGUAUUUGCAAUUGCUUCCCUUGGAAAUUGUGCUACCUACCUAAUGCAUAGAAGAAGUGAUCACAGUACCUCAUGGACCUUCGACGUCAGUUAUUUAAACGUGGCAGCUUGCUCCAUAUACGGUUAUGUGUUGAUAGUACCACUGGCAUAUUACUUUUUGCUUCAGUACCUGGGAUCAAAUGCAAGCCUCAUACGCUUUUGGUGCUUGUGGGGAUAUUCCCUUUUCAUUUUCAUUCUAAGCUCUUUCCUGUUGGUUAUUCCAUUUGAGUUUCUGCGAUGGACUAUCAUAUUACUUGUUGGCGGUGCAUCAGCCAGCUUUGUUGCUUUGAACCUCAGAUCUUAUAUAAACGAAAGUGAAAUUACAAUUGUGGUUAUUUCUGCAUUUAUCCUGCAAAUGGGUCUGGCAAUCUUCAUCAAGAUGUGGUUUUUCGCAUAAAGCUUGAUUUUGGUUUGGUGCUUCUUGGGUGACAAUUUUAUCAUUUGGGGUGAAGAGUUUGUGAAAUGGAGUUGAAGCCUAUUGUUGGUUAACGGCAAUUUAGCGGUAGUGGUUUUGUUGUGUAUGAAAGUUGAGGAAUUUGAACAUGGGUUUAGUCUUUUUGAGUCACGUAGAUAAACAAUAUUUUUAGAAUAUUUGUUUUUGUUUAGAUUCUAAUUUUUGUAAAUAUACAAAUAUUGCCUCGAAGACAUUUUUGUUUGUUUCUUCUACCGAGUGUUGUCGAAACUGUUGCACUUUGUUUUGGCUACUGCUAUCCAUUCAGCUUUAUUU